GCCUCAAGAAUGUUGCUAGGUUGGUCCGCGACGCGCGAGCGGCAGUCCAAACUCUUUGUUUCCAAGCGCGGGCGGGCACAAAAGAAACUCGCACUUGACAGAAGACGCCGACAUGAGGCCGACAUCCGCCCUGCUGUUCCCGCCGCUGCUGCUGCUCCUGCUGCUGCUGCCGCCGCCCCAGUGCCACGGCCGUACCGUGUCCAGGUGCGAGCUGCGAGACAAGCUGAGGGACAAGAUCAAGCUGUCGGAACGCACGCAAAACCUCACCGACGUGGUUUUGACUUUGCUCGUGUGCCAACUGGAAAAGGUCUCCCACCGCAGCACGAGCUUCGUGACCAUCUACGGCCAACGCGCCACCACCACCGCCGCCCCCGCCACCACCACCACCACCGCCGCAAUCCCAACGACCAACAGCACCGCCGCCGCCGACCAAAUCGUCAUCAUGAGCAACCAAACGGUCAACUCCAACGCCACCGUUCCGACUCCCUUGAGCAACAGCACCGCCGCCCCGCCCGUCAACCAAAGCGGCAUCGGCAACCAAAGCGUCAACUCCAACCAAACCCUCAAUGAGGUCAACGAUGGCCAAGACCAGGACCAGGAAGACGACGCUACAGGUGAGGAACCGGAACAGGAAGAAGAACCUGAAGCGGAAGAAGAACAAGAAGAACUAUUGGACGGGGCAGAAGAAACCUACGAUGAGGAGGGCGAGUACCUUUAUGUGAAUCAGGGCAGCAAAAUGGACUUCCACUUGGACGACUGGUUGAAGCUGAUGGAACUCCUGAACGAGGAAGAGAACAUGUUUGAUGAACAAAUGCUGGUGAUCGCCGACGACAAACUGAGCGCCGACGAGGACGACGGCAGCGGCAAGCUGUUUCAAAUGGAGUGGUCGCUGGGCUACCACGGCCUCUUCCAGCUCUCGGACAGCUACUUCUGUCAGUCCACCGCCCGAUGGAGCCAGAACGCCUGCAACAGCACCUGCGACGCGUUCAUCGAUGACGACAUUACCAAUGACGUGGACUGCUUUGUGAAAACUCAGUCCUGGAUGAAUUUAUUCCGGACGGCCAGCAGCGAGUGUUUCCAGGUCAGCAACUACUUUGAUGGCUGCAAUUGAACAACGCGGCACCUUUUUGCUAGCUUGACGCUGCAUAAACACCAACGAGCGAGCGUCUUUGGCCGGGGGCGUGCUGAGGCGGACUGGAUUUUUUGCGGUCUCGUUCCUUUCCUUCCGCGUGCUUCCUCAAUAAAAAUGCACGGCAGAUUCCCACCAAUG